AGAUAUAGAUGUAUACAUAUACUCCGUCAGCCAUUGUUAACCCCUUGUCUCUUCUUCCCCAAGAUGAUUCUUCCUCCUUCCCUCAACGUAUCAUCCCAUUUCUCUUUCUAGUUAUUAGUUAAUUCAUAUACACACACACACGUAUAUACUAAUAAAUAUAUAUAAAUAUAUACUGGUUUCUAUUUGCUGAUCUUUUGUAACAGUUGCCAGUUCUCGCUCCUCUGACUUUUAUCUGACAUUUCUCUGCAUUUUCCGUUACCGGAAUAUUCUCCAUCUCCGAUAUAUCCAUUCCCCCUCUUCUUCUUCACCAAUAAUCGAGUAAUUCUUCACUCAAUUUCGUGCGCUUGUGUCUGGCUGUUUUUUACCUUCUUCCUGAUUUUUGAGGGUUUUUCCUUUUAUGGAGACACCAAACCGCGAUGCUUUAGAUUCCGCCUCACAAGGCAGCAAUGGAGUCGGAACCUCCAGAAUAUUCCGUUCCCGUGCUAUCCGGUUCCUACGGUCCCCCAUUUCAUCCCUGCUAGAAUAUUCCGGCGUCCUUCGUGACCGGCCGGAUUACCCCUUCUCGGAAGCUUACCCUCUCAUCCCUGAGAGUACUGGUGCCAAUUUCAACCAAAACCCUAGACGUUCGGAGCCACUCAAUCGUAACGAUGCUGUUGAUGGGGGUGGCACUAGCAACUCUGGCGGUAGCAAUAACUGUGCGGAGGUUUCGAUUCGGAUAAUCGGGGAGCAGGAGAGUGUUGGGGGUGCAAAUAAUAGCGAUAGUGGUGUAAAUGGGGUGGGACUGGGUGCGGGGGAGUCUACGGUAGGGGCUGGUGAUGUUAAUCGGAAUGGGAAUGGGAAUGGUAAUAGUAAUGAUGAUAAUAACAAUAGGGAAGCAUCGUCGAGCGAGAGAUAUGAUAUACAGCAGGCUGCGAGGUGGAUUGAGCAGAUUCUUCCGUUUUCGUUGCUGUUGUUGGUUGUUUUUAUCCGGCAGCAUUUGCAAGGAUUUGUUGUUACCAUUUAUUCCACCGCCAUCUUGUUCAAGUCCAAUGACAUUCUUCGGAACCAAACUGCUCUAAAGGGAGAAAGGAAGAUUACUAUCCUAGUUGGUUCUUCAGUCUUUUUCAUGAUUCAUAUAUUUGGAACCUACUGGUGGCACCGUAGGGAUGAUCUUUUUUAUCCAUUAAUCAUGAUUCCUCCAAAGUCCAUCCCACCUUUCUGGCAUGCAAUAUUCAUCAUUCUUAUAAAUGAUACAAUGGCACGGCAGACAGCCAUGGUUUUCAAGUUGGUUCUGUUGAUGUACUAUAAGAAUGGUCGAGGACAAAGUUUCCGCAGACAGGGCCAAAUGUUGACUCUGGUUGAGUAUACACUGCUUCUUUAUCGUGCGUUGUUACCAGCCCCUGUAUGGUAUAGAUUCUUCAUGAACAAAGACUACGGGAGUCUCUUUUCAUCACUCAUAACGGGAUUGUAUUUGACUUUCAAGCUAACAUCAAUUGUUGAAAAAGUACAAUCCUUCGUUACUGCCUUAAAGGCAUUAUCCAAAAAGGAAGUCCAUUACGGAUCUCAUGCAACAUCAGAACAGGUAAGUGCAGCUGGAGAUAUGUGUGCUAUAUGCCAGGAGAAGAUGCAUGUACCCAUUUUCUUGCGGUGCAAGCAUAUAUUUUGUGAAGACUGCGUUUCAGAAUGGUUCGAAAGAGAGAGAACAUGCCCGUUAUGCAGGGCUCUGGUCAGACCUGCUGAUCUUCAAUCGUAUGGUGACGGAUCAACUAAUCUUUUCUUCCAGUUGUUUUAAAACUUUUCAUCAACACACAAACUUAACACCUUUCUCCUUAUACAAUCUCUAAAAUAGGUUUCUUGGAGAAAAUAUUAGUUUGAUGAGGCGUAUAUGUUAUCGAUUCCAUCUUCGUAUAUAUAACUACUAUAUACAUAUAUAUAGAAUAUUGGUACUCCUGAGUUGAGUGAGUUCUGCCC